AUGGCUGCUUCGCUCGCGUGCACUACCCCUUCCCCUCCUCCUCUUUCACCCCUCCUUCCCCUCCUUGGCCUUUCUUCCCCCCCAUUCCCUUCUCCUCUUUCCAUCUCUUCUCUCUUCCAGAAACCUCGACCCAGCGGCAGAGGUGAUGGCUGCUUCGCUCGUGUGCACUACCCCUUCCCCUCCUCUGCUCUCGCGCUCUUCCACUCCCUGCCAGGGGAGGUUGAAGCGGACCCCUGGGGGCGGUGGAAGAAGAGGAUUCCAGUCCCAGAGCACCUGCAAAAACACAUCUAUUAUAUCGGAUACCCCAGGGGUGCAGGCAGUAACAGCGGUAACCCUGUCUACCGGCCUGCAACAGAAGUGGUGGUGGCGUGUGGCGGCGAUGGUAACCGCAUGAUCCACGGGGUUGGGGCGAAGAUGCUCAGAGCAAUGGGGGAUCAAUUGACCCUUGUGUGUGAGGAUGCUGAUGACCAUGAUAGUGCUGAUUUGGGGGAGUUGAGAAGGAGGGUUGCGCAUAGGGAGAUGGAGGUAGAGGUUUUGCAGAGGAUGGUGAUGUUUCUGGGGCAUAGACUGUGGGGAGAGGAGGGGGAUGAGGAGGAGGGAGAGGAGGGGGAGGAUGAGAUGGAGUAUGAGUUAGAGGAGGGGUUUGAGAGGGAGGAGGGAGGAGGGAUGAGGAAUGGGGUGGAGGAGGUGGUGGAGGAGGAGAGAGAGGAGGAGGAGAGAGAGGAGGCGGAGGAGGAGGAGGAGGAGGAGGAGGAGGAGGAGGAGGAGGAGGAGGAGGAGGAGGAGGAGGAGGAGGAGGAGGAGGAGGAGGAGGAGGAGGAGGAGGAGGAGGAGGAGGAGGAAGAAGAAGAAGAAGCAGAGGAAGAGGAGGAGGAGGAAGAAGAAGAAGAAGAAGAAGAAGAAGAAGAGGAGGAGGAGGAGAAGAAGAGGAGGAAGAGGAGGAGGAAGAGGAGGAAGAGGAGGAAGAGGACGAAUAGGAAGAAGAGGCGGAAGAAGAGAGAGAAGAGAAGAAAAAAAACAAGGAGGCUUACAAAAUCAUUGCGUUGA